AUGCCUCCGCGCAUUUCAGUCCAGCCCUCUUUGAAGGCAUUGACCGGUACGCCAGUCAAAUACAGCAGCCCCCGGGGCCCAGACGUCCAAUUGCUAAUCAAAACUCGUCAAGGAUCAGCCUACGGAUCCAACCCGUUGUCCAGUUCGAUCAAUACUUCUAUCAGAGCCGCAUCCAGCAAGGUGCAAGUGCGGAGGAAACAUGACCCUUUCCUGAUGGCUCAGGCGCGCCAGCGCAAGGCAGCCAAUGUCUCCCGCCAAACAGUCCUCGCGGAGGCACGGCAAUCUUCGCUCGGGGACCCCGUCAAGAGCCAGCCGACCCCGUUUAUCUUAGAGAUGACCGCAAUUCAAACCGAAUCCCAUAUCCCAUCAUCAUUGGCUCAGGAUAUCAACUACUACUUGAAGUCGGACGAGUUGGAUGCCGCCCUCGGCUUCUCCAAAGACUUGGCCGAACCGCUUCAAACCCCCGAUCGCGACACAGCUGAUCCCCAGGUGGAGCAGGAGACAUUGGAAAAGCACAAUCAAGCUCAUCGCAAUGCCCAAGAAGCUAUUGCUAGAAUUGUGAACCUGAACAAUGGAAACACCAAGGACCGCGUCCGCCUUAACAUUACGAAGUGUAUCGAAACGUUCGGCCGACACUACACAGACUUAAAUCUCCCACCAAAGCCCUCGGCCGUGGCCCACGGAUCCGGCCCUGUUCAUCCGGAGCGCGCACCCCGUGUUGGACCCGAUACCGGCUCUGGUGAAGUGCAAGCUGCCAUUCUGACCGUGAAAAUCAUGAACCUCUCCCGACACCUCGAGACCGCCAACAAGGACAAGCACAACAAGCGUAACCUGCAACUACUCGUGCACAAGCGCCAGAAGUUACUGCAAUACAUCCGCAAGAAGGAGCGUGGAGGUCCCCGGUGGCAAAACCUGAUGGGGACAUUGGGACUGUCUGACGCUGCGUGGAAGGGAGAGAUUGCCCUCUGA